AUGACGUUGGAGGAGCCAGACCGCUUGUCCUCCAAGUUGGAUACCAUGCAUAUUGUCACGACGACCGGCAAAGCUAAAGAGAAGACGAAGGGCAAAGCAUGUGAGACAUGCACCGUCACUAAGAUCGAAGAAGAAAACCCAGACGAGGACGAUGACGAAGUGAAGAAAAUUCCAGUAAAUGCGCGGGCCCUGAGGGUCUUCAAGACUCUCUUUUUCGACCCGGCAACAAGGACAACCCCUGGUGAAGUGUCAUCUAUUCGGAGGUUUACUAGGACCGACGGUACCCCUAACCACGUCACAUUCCAUCAACCGCACCCGAAUCCAAAGAUCCCAUUCGUGAAAAUGCGCCGCAACGGCCGCCUCCUCGACGAAUCUUAUGACUGGACAGGCGACAUGUUUGUCCUCAAAUAA